AAACAAAACACGUGGUUGCGCACAAGAAAACCAUUCGAAAAAGAAAGGACACGUAAUGUGUGAGCGCGAACCGCGUUUUUAGUACGGCACCCGCGCGCAUUUCGUUCAGUAUAUCGCGAACCAUCGUUCGGUUGAGUUGAACUCUUGAACAGUCGGCUACGCAGUAACAUCGAGCACACCUUGUACAACCUUAAUGGGUGUUACCGUUAGCAAUAACACGAGGAUGUUAAUAAAAAGACAGCACAAGCGUCGGACCAAGUUUCAAAUAGCGCGCCGUAUUGCCAACCUGAAGCACGGAAACGUGGUGUCUAGACAGGCAGAUUGUAGUCCGCCCGUGACAUCGAUAGCGUGAGGCCGGUUGUGCGCGAUUGUUGAACGGUUGAACGGUUGAACGGUUGAACGGUUGAACGGUUAAACGGUUAAACGGUUAAACGCCGGUUUUGUAUCUGCAUAUACGGACGUCGUGAUGGAUGGUGAAUCGUAUACGAGUCCGACCGUUUUGGCGACGGUGUUCGUCGGUGCCAGUGUCCUGUUGUUGGUUUACAUAUUGAAAUUGCUGAGGACCGAGGCCGGAACGCACGAACAGCCCAAAAAUGAUAAGUCCACGCACGAGGACAAGAAGACAGUCGUCAAGGAGCCGGCGAAAAAGCCGAAGAAACCGACCGAAACCCGCAAACAGAAUUACACGCAUCCCUGGCUGCUAACCACCCUGAAGGGCCACACAGGCGAGAUCGCGUCCAUGGAUUACUCGAGCAACGGCAAAUAUCUGGCUUCCUGCGGCUACGAAGAUCCAGAUCCCGGCGGUAGAGACGAUCCGGAGGACAGCUCGAGCAAGGAAGAGAGCAGCAGUCAGUCGACGAACGGCGACCAAUCGCCGAUACCGAAGGGCCUGUCGCGACGACAGCGCAAGAACAGACGGCGUGAGGACGGCUCGCCGGCCGACAACAAAAAGAAAGUAAAACCGCCGAAAAAAUCCGAACCGUCGAAAAAGGCCAUGAAUUCGGUGAUAUCGAAGCAGUUCGGCGACCUGCACAUCACCGAGCAGGGCUUCUACAUGCUACUGGAGAGCUACCUGCUGCGCCACGAUCACAUGGUGCAUCUUGGCUAUCCGGUAGGCGAUAGCAAAUGCGACGGGAUCUGGAUCAUGAAGAACAGCCGCUUCGCGAACGCGACCGGCGGCCACACUCCGCACAGUUUCGACGUGAACGCCCGGGAGUUCGUGCCCGGCAAGAAGACCAGAUCGUGCUCGUCGACGGACUCCGGCCAGGGUUCGAGCAGCUCUUCGGAUUCGGGCGACAACGAUUCGGAGGACCUGAGCAGCUCCGACCAGGAACUGUCCGACGAGCAGAUGAGAAAGGGAAUGGAACACACGUGCGCCAGAUGCAGCAGACCGUUCUUCGCCACCAGCAAGGCGUACAUAACGACGGAGAAGUGCAUCUACCACUGGGGCAAGCUGAAGGCGAGCCAGGAGGGCAGACGCGAUCAGCGCGUGUACACCUGCUGCGAGAAGUCGGCCGGCACAAGGGGAUGCACGGAGGGCAGCUGUCACGUGUGGAGCGGCCUGAAGAACGGACCGAACGGUCCGUGUACCGGUUACGUGCGCACGAGACCGCGUCGCGCGAAGAACGGCCAAGAAAAUAACGGGAUCUACGCGCUGGACUGUGAGAUGUGUUACACGGUGGCCGGCCUGGAACUGACCAAAGUGACUGUGAUCAAUAUCGAAGGACGUUUGGUGUACGACAGUUACGUCAAGCCGGACAAUCCGAUCGUGGAUUAUAACACGAGAUUCUCGGGCAUCACGGCGAAGGAUCUGAAGAACGGCAAGUGCCUGAGGGAUGUGCAGAACGAUCUGAUGGGCUUCAUCAGUGCGCAGACCAUACUGAUCGGACACGCGUUAGAGAACGAUCUCAGGGCGUUGAAAAUCGUUCACACGAGAGUUGUGGAUACGUCGACGACGUUUCCGCAUUAUCACGGAUUGCCCUAUAGACGAUCGCUUAAGGAGUUGGUGUCGACCAUUUUGAAAAGGGACAUUCAGUGCUCGAGCAAGGGACACAGCAGUUACGAGGACGCCGCUGCGUGUAUGGAACUGAUUUUGUGGCGCGUCAAAAACGACUAUUUCGUCAACGGGUCUUAAAACAACCCGAUGUUUUCUUUCAACAGUUAUGUCAACGGGAUUUAUUAUUAUUUUUUUUUUUUUUGUUU